CGAACCUGAGCCCGAUCCUGAGGCAGACGCCGACACGGAUGGCGAGGGAACAAUGUAGUAGGUGGGAUGAGCAGAGGCUACUGAACCACUUGGACGAGUGUGUGGUUGCUGCUGCUGCUGCUGAUGAUGAUGAUGAUGAUGAUGAUGGUGGUGGUGAUGAUGAGCAGCAGGAGAACGCGCAUGGUGGCCGUGGGCGUGCAGGUGGCUAGCCUUGUGAUGA